AUGUAUCAUUGCAGUUUCAAUUUAUCUUCGACCAAAACCAAGAGUGGACUGAUCGAUGCAGAGGCCGUACUAGGCAGCUCAGAAACUGUGUCCAAUGAAGUUGACAGUGGUAUUGAUCGAAGUUACGUGCCACUGCGGAACAACAGGUUCCGCAGAGUAACUAAAAGUAGUCCUGCAACCAACGCUUGCUUCACGAGCAUCGCCAAAAAUGUAUCUAACGGCAUCAUACGUGUAAAUACGCCUUGUUCUACUACUGUAGCCAACACUGAUUGUAAUGGGCCCACUCUGACUUCGGUCAAUGGCAGUGGUCUGACCAAUGGCCGUAAACCGCACAUUGAUAGUUACGAGUACAUGGAGGUAGGUCCAUCUCCACCAGCAGAAAGUGCACCUAAUCUGUACGACAGCUAUGACGAAACGUAUUCAGAAUCGAGCGCUCAGCUGUGCAAUGAUAUUAUCCGCAUUUCCUUGACCGAGCAGAUGCGCCUGGCAGGCGGCCGGGUUAACAUUUUGGAAAGUUUCGAGUUGGCGUCAACGCAAUCGCCUUCAUCACAAACAAACUCUGCGAGCACCUCACCUGCCGGUAUUGCAGUUCCUGAUAGGACAGAGAAGAAUAUUUCCUUCCUCUGGGCGGCUUUUUUGCGCAAAUUUCACUUACUCGAACAGUGUGUUCGACUCGGUGCAGAGAUAAGCUUCUGUGACAGUAAUGGGUUAUCUGCGUUACAUCUUGCAGCGUUUAGUGGUUGCACCGAAUGUACGGCGUACCUUAUUCGCCAAGGACUAGACGUGAACAUGCAGCCCAAAUGGUAUACUCCGCUGCACUGCGCAGCAUUCGGUAAUUCACUAUCCACCGCUGAAUUGUUAAUAGCGAAUGGGGCCCGCAUCGAUAUACCGACCAACAAGCACCAGUGCGAAGAGUCGCUUCUUCAUUGCGCCGUUCGUUCGAACGCUAUCGAGUGUUUGCGUUUUUUUAUUGCCCAGGGAGCCGACGUGAAUGCUCUCGAACGAAACGGCACUAAUCCGAUCCAUUUGGCCGCUGACCUAGGCCACGGGCAAUGUCUUAGUGCUUUGCUCGAGUGUCCAACAGCUAAUCCGAAUGUUCGCAUACGUCAAGGCGACAAGGAAAUGACGGCAUUGCAUCUGGCAGCUGACGAGGGAAACCUGGAUUGUGUGACACAGCUCUUAGCUCGAGGAGCCGACGUUCGAGCGCGCAAUCAUCGCGGCUUUACGCCGCUUCAUCUCGCAGCACGUAGUGGAAGUGCGGACUGUUUGGAAGCACUCCUUAAAUUAGGAGGAAGCGACCCUAAUGUAACAGAUUUCGAUCAACGGACACCUCUGCAUACAGCCGUCGGUAAAUCGGAUGCUGCGGUUGAAAUGCUUGAAACACUUAUAGCCUGGGGGGCCAAUGUUAACCAACGUGAUGUAUAUGGCUUCACUCCGCUACAUUUGGCUGCACUAGAUGCGCUUGGACCGUGUGUUGAAACGUUGCUCUACCACGGAGCCGAUGUGACAAUGAAAUCUCGUAAGGGUACCAGCGCGCUGAACAUAAUUAGCCGUAAAACUCCGGCAUCACUUGGAGUCAUACAGUGCAAGCUCGAUGCGGCGAUUACACUAACACACUCGCAGGACUCAUCGAGCCGAGAGGUUGAAUUAGAACUGGAUUUUCGCAGUAUUAUGCAACAUUGCCACCCUCGCGAGAUCAGUUAUUUGAACACAUUUGUCGACGACGGCCAGAAAGAGUUUCUUCAACAUCCGCUCUGCUCGGCGUUUUUGUAUAUCAAAUGGAACAAGAUCCGCAAAUACUACAUUGCCCGGCUGCUGUUUUGCUUUACAUUUGUACUGUUUCUUACACUCUAUGUGUUGACUGCUCUCGCUCACAAUUGCUACAAUGGCAGCAAGGACAUGAAGGAAACGAUUCAAGAGCAAGAACUGUGCCAGAAACAAUCUAUCUUUGGUGACAUGUUGCGUAACAAUCCGUUCGUGAUUGAAAUGCAAUGGAUGGUGCUGGUGGCGAUCACCGCAAUCGAGAUAUGUCGCAAAAUCUACGGCAUAACUGGCUACAACUCGUUGCGACAUUACGUCACGCAAACCGAAAACGUUAUCGAGUGGUUUAUAAUUUUAAGCGUGUUCGUUAUUUCUUACAUUUACACGAAGCGAACGUACACGUGGCAGAAUCAUGUUGGAGCGUUUGCAGUAUUGUUAGGAUGGACUAAUUUGAUGUUGAUGAUUGGCCAACUUCCGGUCUUUGGAGCCUACGUUGCCAUGUAUACGAAAGUGCAGGUCGAAUUUGCAAAGCUCUUCAUGGCGUACUCCUGUAUGCUGAUCGGGUUCACAAUCAGCUUCUGUGUUAUCUUUCCGUCCUCCUCCUCCUUCGCCAACCCAUUCAUGGGCUUCAUUACGGUGUUGGUAAUGAUGACAGGCGAGCAGGAUCUUGAGUUAUUAAUUAAUGAUCCCGACGGAAAAGAUCCCCCGUUUCUGCUAGAGAUCAGUGCCCAGAUAACGUUUGUGCUUUUUCUGCUAUUUGUUACCGUUAUUUUGAUGAAUUUACUCAUCGGUAUAGCAGUGCACGAUAUUCAGGGACUUAAGAAAACGGCUGGUCUCUCAAAGCUCGUACGUCAGACGAAACUAAUCUCGUAUAUUGAAUCGGCACUGUUUAAUGGCUGGCUCCCAAACUGGCUGCGAAAUCUUCUUUACUAUACUGCACUCGUAUCCCCACAAGCGUACAGGGUAGUGUUAAGCGUUAAACCUCUUAAUCCUGGCGAAACUAGGCUCCCGCGCGACAUAAUGAUGGCAGCUUACGAUGUGGCAAAGCAAAAGAAGCAUUAUUUGCGCAAAAGCUUUGCAUGCAUUCGCAACAACACUACGUACGACGAUCCGUUCGUUCGUAUGGGAACUAAUGGAACUAGUGCGUCGCACAAAUCCGGCUGGUUCGAUCGGUCUGAUAGUAGCAACACGAUAGUUAACAUUCAUAGACACGGAGGUUUCGGUGCCACUACGCCGACUGGUACCGAACAUUCUGCAAAGUUUGGCUACGUCUAUGAAACACCCACUUUGUAUGGUAUCACCAAUAAGCUGGACGAAAACUCCGAAAACAUUGGCACGAUCGUGGCAGAGAUUGCUGAACUACGGGUAUCGGUCGAACAAAACCAACAAAUGCUGCAUCAAAUCCUGACGUUAUUGACCAAAGCGGGUCAAAAAUAGAUAUUCUAAGAGUAGCUUGAAAUUAGAUCCCGUCCAAACAUUUACAUUCUUGAAAGCUUGUUGAAACGUGGUAAAGAACUGUUUGCUGGUUGCAUUUGCUUAUUUACAAUACAUUCCGUUCCUAUUUUGAACAUCCAUAUAUAGACUUAGAUGCGAUUUAUAACAUGUAAUUAUAGACAAAAGUCGUUCAGACCAUUCAUGGGGGAAUCUAUUAUUCAUUGUUAUUCGUAUUGAAGAUUUCUACAAAAAAUAUAUCUUCAGAUGAGAACAAAUUUAAUCGUUUAUCCCGGUCAUAUUCUAUGAAUCGUUUUUCUUAUUUUUUUUUUACUGAGCAAAAUGUGAUUUAAAUAAAGAAAAUUGUUAAUCAUUAUGCGCAAGACACAUUAGUUUUGAAGUUAUCCUAGAUAAGAAUAAACAAUAUUAUAUUCUAGUAGAAAGCGGCUAACAUUUGUAGUAAAUGACAAAUACAUAUUUGUCUACAAGAAAAAGAUCAACACAGGUGCUUUAGCUGUAACACUCAUACAACACGAACCAGCAUGGAUACGGGCAAAUUUAGAACCAUUCGGUAGAGUUUAUGUACUGUACUAUAGCGUAAUGGCCUUUAUGCUCCCGUCAGAGGUUAAAUACUUUGCUUCUAAAAUAAAA